AUGACAGGAUUCAUGCGUGACCUUGCCCCGCUGCUCGGUGAGCUUAAACGAGACAUUCUCACCGAGAUGGAUCGCCGCCUCACGCUGCUCACCGGCCCGUCUCACACGUCAAAUCACCGGGACCCGGCCGGAGACUGCGUUAACCCAGUUGGAGGCAACAGAACCGCAACUUAUGCGUCGGCUCUGAAGGAGCCGACAAUUCGACGUUCUGGUGAGAACAGUGCCCCGCGCCCCCCUCCGCUGGCCGUUGGCACGGCAGCAAAGAUUGCCAUAGGCACUGUGGCGGCACCCACACCAAAACUAUGGCUGUUCCUUUCGCGUUUGGCCACAGAUGUUACUGAGGAGCAAGUCAGCGACAUGGUGUCAAAAAGCCUCGAUGCCAAGGACGUGCUCGUUAAACGGUUACUUCCGAAGGACCGAGAUCUAUCAACUGUGUCGUUCUUGUCCUUCCGGGUCGGAGUGCCGCUUGCCUUGAGGGACAAAGCGCUCGAUCCUUCCACCUGGCCAAAUGGAGUGCUUUUUC